GUCACGUGACUGAUAUUCCACCCUCGCCAUUUUGCAAUGUGGAGAGCAGAGCUUCUACUUUUUAUGGCAGAGAAAUAAUCAGAGCGGCUUAUGCGCUGAGGACAAAGACCAGCGCGCUGAUCUGUGUCCGUGAUGGAGGAGGUCAGUGACACAGCUGUACUGGUCACCUCCUCGGCCCCUCAAAGUCAGACCCUUCAAGGUUCCUCUGACCACAACCACGCCAGCUUCCAACAGAAACAAGCCGCCGACUCUCUCAUCCAGGUCAUCCAGAAGCUCAGCAAGAUCGUCGAGAAGCGGCCCCAGCGCUGUCGCACCUUGGCCGGUCAGAAACGCCUGCUCUACGAGGCCUCCACCAGGGUCCCAGGAGUCUCUGCUUACAGGAAAACCCGCAAAACCUGCAAGGAGGAAGAAAGCUUUGUCAGCACAGAUGGCGCUGAUGAAGAUGCUUGUAUGCUAACAUCGGGUGACAGCAACAACAACAUUGCCACCUCCGUUACUGAGAUCGCAGAUAACCCUGGGAGCUCUGAGCACAAGCGGACAGUGACAUGCUAUCAGUGUAGCCUCUGCCCCUACCUCUCCCCUACCCUGAGCCUUUUGAGAGAGCACCUCAAACAACAUGAUGAGAACCACAGCGACCUCAUCCUCAUGUGUUCUGAAUGUCGCUUCACCUCGCGAGACCAAGACCAACUGGAGGCGCAUGUCAAACUGCAUUUCGACAAUAGCCCCAAAGACAGAAUUAAAAGUGAAAGUUCAAACGAGCUAGUGCAAAAGAAAUGGUACAGCUACGAAGAAUAUGGUCUCUACCGCUGUCUCAUUUGCAGUUACGUCUGCAGUCAACAGCGAAUGCUCAAGACGCACGCAUGGAAGCAUGCCGGGUUGGUGGACUGCACUUACCCGAUAUUUGAAGACGAAGAAGGGGCCGCAGGAGCUAGCAGGAGAGAACCCCAAAUUGCUCAGGUCUCCGCCUGCGUCACCACAACCAGAGAGGAAGUGGUCCUGCUGUCUCCCGUCGUCCAAGAUAAAAGCACACAAAAUGUCCAGUCCGGUUUGAAACUGCAGCUGUGUGUGCCGUUGGCAGUGGAGAAUAAACAGGAUGUCUCCACUCAGUCCGAGCCCAGAGUCGUGAAGCUAGAGCAGGAAAUAUCAGAGGAAACCGUGUAUCCGAUGAAAGACGUCGUCGCAGAUGGGCCAGUGGUGGAGGUGCAAGUAACCACGGAUGCGGAGAGCCAUGACAACGCUUCAGACAGCUUGCUCUCUUCCGCUCAAAAAAUCAUCAACAGCAGUCCUAACAGCGCCGGACACAUCAACGUGAUCGUAGAGAGGUUGCCUUCUGCCGGGGAUGCGGUUUUGACCACCAACCCUCUUCUCCUAAGCCCGGACGAAGAUGCGGACAAGAGCAUACUUAAUGCAUCCAAACAUAUCAAAGUAGAGGAUGAAGAAAGUGACAGUACUAGCUCUGUUGAUGGCCAGUCUAUAGCUGAAAAUACCGUAUCUACCACUGACUUGCCGAGGGAUGAAAACGUACCUCCGACCGGCCGCAAAAGAACGCAUUCAGAAUCUUUGCGCUUGCACUCGCUAGCAGCCGAAGCCCUUGUCGCUAUGCCCAUGCGAACGCCCGAACUCUCCAAUUCGAAAGUUGUUCAGAAACUUGAAGAGCAGGCAUCAGACAUUAAACCAAGUGUCGUCAAACCCAAACGAGAACAAAGUUUGGGGUCACUUGGUGAAGGGGACGAAGAGGUUACUGCUACUAAAGCUGCGGGCAUCAGUUUGUCCCUCCUCACAGUCAUUGAGAGAUUGAGAGAGCGAUCAGACCAAAACACGUCUGACGAAGAUAUACUAAAAGAGCUACAAGAUAACGCUCAGGUGCAAAAUGGAGUAACGGGGGGCGUAGUAACGGGGAGUGGAACGGCGAGCUACGUGGAUGGAUUGGUAGCGUCUUCUGAUAACAGCCUGGUGGACUAUAUUCAGGGCAGCGACAGGCCGUACAGGUGUAAGUUGUGCCAGUACAGUAGCGGUAACAAAGGCUACAUCAAGCAGCAUUUGAGGGUGCAUAAGCAAAGGCAGCCGUAUCAGUGUCCCAUCUGUGAACACAUCGCCACGGACAGUAAAGAUCUAGAGAGUCAUAUGAUCAACCACUGUAAGACCAAGAUGUACCAGUGCAAGCAGUGCCCGGAGUCAUUUCACUAUAAGUGUCAGCUGAGAACCCAUGAAAGGGAAUUCCACAGCCCGGACGAGGCAUCAGUGACUGAAAAGGUGACCAAAGGGGAAGAGGCAUAUCGCAUUACAGGCAAUGAGCACAAUGGCCAGAAAAUGUACAAGUGUGACGAGUGUAAUUACACCAGCUCCACCUAUCUUGGCGUGAGGAACCACAGGCGGAUACACAACGCAGACAAACCUUAUCGUUGCUGCAGCUGCGAUUUUGCCACCACCAACAUGAACAGUCUGAAGAGCCACAUGAGGAGGCACCCACAGGAGCACCAGGCCGUGCAGCUGCUGGAGCAGUACAGGUGCUCGCUGUGUGGCUAUGUGUGCAGCCACCCCCCUUCACUCAAAUCCCACAUGUGGAAGCACGCCGGGGACCAGAACUACAACUACGAGCAAGUGAAUAGAGCCAUUAACGAGGCCAUCUCCCAAAGCAGCCGUGCUCCCCAGAAGUCGUCAGCAGUGCAGGAGUCCGCUACCGACCGGGCCACAUCAGUUUCUAUGGACAAAGCAAAGAGCCCAGUGGAACAAGUCUGUACCCCAUCUACUGCUCUGUCCCUCUCCAUGGACCUCUCCACCGCCCCCGCAGACCAGUCCCAGGCAGCCCCCGAACCCCUCAGCCCACAGGGUAAAGAGCCCCAGCAGCCCCACGCCACAGAAUACUGCCUCCUGCUCUUCUGCUGCUGCAUCUGCGGCUUCGAGUCCACCAGCAAAGAGCGCCUGCUGGAGCACAUGAAGGAGCACGAGGGAGAUCUCAUCAGCAUCAUCCUCAACAAGGACCAACAGUUGGCCGUACCUCACAGCAGCCUCCAGAUCGCAGAGUGACCUCCUCCCAACACUACGGCGCUUUAUAGUCCCUUUACACCGCUAUGCCUGCCCAACCCCUCAAAUGUUCCCCUUAGCUCAGGACGGCCGCGGUGGGCAGCACGGUGUUGGCCAUUUCACGGGUGGUUAGGCUGUCAAGCUACUGCUCUCCGGGUCAGUCCUCGUGUUGUCAUUUCAGACGAUAAUAGUCGGAAAAUACCCAAGAAAAUAACACACUGACUGAAAAGGUGUUGAGUAAAAUGAUUCCUACUUGAGGAAUGAAUCAAAUGCCUGAGAACAUUUUCAUAUACAGCAUUUAUUUUGUGAUUUCAAUAAUGUUAUGUUUAAGGGGCUACAUUUUAAUAUUUUUAAGGAGGCAUAGAAAACUCCUUCAUCUGGACUCCAUGUUAGUUAACACUCACAUUUCCAUACACGUGCAGGUUGUCUAGUCAACUUUCAAAAUUCAGUUGUAUACAAUAAACUAGGUCUGGUUCAUUUGGGUUUGAAAUUGUGUUGCACACCAAAUGUAUGAUAAUUGGAUUGGCAUAACUAGCAAUUAAUAUUAGGUUGACCGUAAUUAGGGCUGCGCAAUAUGAAAAAAACUAAAAAAUGCUGGAUAUGUAAAUUUACUAUCACGCGCAUAGUAAGUUCAGUUUAAAUAAUAAUUAAAAUAUUGAUUAAAAAGUUCAUAAACUAAAUCAUGUAAACAGUAAAAUCAAUUUAGUGAGAAAAAAUUAUCAUAAAUAAAACGUGACAUUUUAAGAUUAAAUUUUUCUUGUGAAUGUUCCAUAAAUCUAACGCAAUAUUAAGAAUUUUUGAGACUGACUUCAUGCACAAACUAAUCAGUGAAAUUUAUCAAACUGAAAAAAACAAAAAAAAAUAAAAUAAGAAUAAAUGCACUAUGCGAAUACAAAAAUGUGCAUUAUCAGUUAAGGGACAAUGCCAAGUAAAUAUUCUCCCAAGUUUUUAUUUAUAGGGAUGCACUGAUACCUCACCACCCUUUUCUUUGGUGCAGAUUCUUAUUUUUUUUUAACCAGAAUCCACAGCAUGACCCAAGGCAGCUCUUUAUUGGUAGUAUAUUUAAUUAGCCCGGCAUUGCACAGACCCUGGCCUUGUUUUGGCGGUACACGCAGGCUCACUCAUACCCACAGGCAUGUAUCGCAGCUUGAAAUAUUUAUCCAUUUUAUUUUUUUAUGCAUGUUAUGUUCCGUUAUGCCAAGUUUUAAGACGGUUAUUAUAUUUAGCAUUUCUUUGUUAGAUUGUCGGUUUUUGUAACAAUAGUAUCUUAUGUGUCAUAGGAGCAGAGUGAAAGAGAAUGAGAGUUUUUUUGUCAUUGCAUUUGACACUAGCGUUUAAGUGUAUUGCUUGAGGAACGGUUUAAAAGGGACGUUUACAUAGAAAGUCAAUACAGGCAGUAGGUUUUGAAUGUGCCUAGGUAACAAAAUGCUAGUUUGUGUCGGUUAUUGUGGUGCUAGGCUAAGGCUUCAAGUCUGUAGAUUUUGUGUCAUAGGUUUUGUUUUGUAUAUAUUAUGUUUUUUUUUCUUUUCUUUUUUUCCAGAUAUAUUUUUCAAAACAUGUUCAAAGCAGCUUGUACAAAAAACUUAAAAAUAACCAAACUACCCAAUAAGUUUACCUUCCAUUGUUGAAAGGGCGGCUAGACAGUAGACAGUAAUGUGAUUACUGCAGUUCUGAUAUGAAAACCCAACUCAGCACUAUGUAACAGCGCAAGGAACUCGGAUCAAUUUGGGCCCCAUGUUUACCGUGAUGAAUUGCCUUUUUUAUGGACAAUGGCAGCAACGUGAUGUGACGACGGUAAAAUGUCGAUGAUGCUCGUGCUGACCGUGCGCAGAAAUCUCCAAAAGAAAAAAAAGAAAAAGCGGGAGAAAGUGGCUAUUGGCACAAACCAAACUUGCAACUUUGUGGCACAAGAGAUUCAGGCACUUUUCAAUAACGCUGUGGAAAAGUGAAUGUAGUUUAAAUACGCAUCAUUUGUUGGAACUGUUGAAGUAUUUGCACAUGUGGUGAUUGUGGGGGUCGGUAGAAUGCUUCCCCAUUGCCCCUUGCAUUCUGUUUUUAUUCAGAAGUCACAUUCAGAAUCAAAAAUAAUGCAGAAAUGAUGGCUAAAAAAGUAAAUAAAUAAAUAAUAAUAAUAAUGUAUAAGAAAUGUAAGAAAAAUGUCUGGAGUAUAUUCCAGUCUAGGGCAGAACAAUUGCAAUUUAUGCUGUUGCCGAUUCGUUUUUGACUUUUGACACUUUUCCACAUUAGUAAAGAAAAUUCAAUUCUGUCAGCUGGACAAAAGUUUUGAGAUACAUUUCGCAACUCAUCCAAGUUGCGUCUUUGGUUCCUUUAGUAACAUUUUCCACAAUGUUAUAACUUGACAUGUGCCUAUCAUCCAAGCACUUUUAGCUAGAGCUGUAGAAUAAACCGUGCCAUUCAUACCAACAUCAUGUUCCCUAUGUAUCUUACAGCCUUAUUAAAGCUAGUCACUUUUAAUAUGCCACACUGAUUUUUGAUAUCUUUUAACACACAAUUUUAACACGCUUUAGCUUUACACAGCACCAUCCAGCCACUUCAUCAGUAUGCCAUUCAUUACUGUUGCACCGAGUGGAUGUGGAAAUUGAGAUAAAAUAGAAAAUCCAUUAUUCAUGCCUUCUUGCCUUACCUUCCACCUGACAUUGUGUGCGUGCAUAGAGCAGGUUUGCGUACCACAUAAUUAAAGUUCUAAUUGACCUGCUGUUGCCCCAACGUCGCAUUAUCAUAGAACAUAGUUAUUGGCUGUAGAUUUGUAUGUAGAUUUUUUUCUCUUAAAUUAGCAAAAAUGAGCUAGAAUUGAUUUAAAAAAGAGUGAACUUGUGCGCUUAAUACAACGUAAGCGUAGACUAUUAAAGGUGCACUAUGUAACUUUUUGGAUAGGGGUCCAAAGGAGUCACCUGCUUGUUGCUAUGGAUAUGUCAUUGCUCUGCCUAGAAUGUUCCACAAUAUGACAUUAAACAGCUCUACAUUUCAGACAAAGCAACAAUAUCUCCAUGAAGAAAAGCAUUUAAUGGACCCUCCACUAGAAAAGUUACAGAAUGCACCUAAGAAUUCAAGUAAUUUGUGUCGGAUACAUUGUUCUUUGGUAAGGUUUUGGCGGUUGGUUUUGACCAGUUUUUCACAAUUUGUCAGAUGUUGGUAUCAGAUUGUGACGUUAUAUAAUCAGUGAUCAAUAAUGCAUUAUAAGACUCAAACAUUUCAACUUCUCUUAUCAAUAAUUUCAUAUAAGGAGAUAAUAAUACCUCUUUAAAGGUGCAUUGUGCAACUUUUCUGGUGUCGGGUCAGUUACCUGCUUGUUUCUAUGGACAUGUAACUGGUUGGAAUGUUCCACAGUGUGACAUUAAACAGCUUUACCUUACAUUUAUUCAUUUAUAAGUGGUUUUAUUGCUCAAAAAUACAGAGAAAAUCAGGCAUUCUGACUGUGAGCGGGGUCGCCUCUCCACAGAUCUGACCUGUAAGAUCCUUGAAGAUGGAAAGGUUGAAUACCAUAUGGUGAAACAUUCCAGACAAAGCAAUGACAUCUCCUUGGAGAAAAGUGUUUGACAGGACCCUCCAAUAGAAAGUUUCACAACGCACCUUUAAGCAAAACACUGCAACUGUAGUCAACUUCUCAUAACCUCUAGUUAGGAAUAAGUUUAGAUUUCAUGAUUUUUUUUUUUUACAUUAUAUAAACCUCCAAGUUCUUAAAUGUAUUUAAUAGAAAUACAUGAGUGCACACAUUUCCAGGCUGACAAGUGUACGGUUGGUGCAAAAAGAAUAGUCAUUUUAACCAUGCUGAAAGCUGCUGGUUGUAGUUGUUUUCGUGCCUUGAGUUGUUGAACAUCUGUGUUGUUUUGAGCUAGACUGUUUUGCCAAAUGUCUGUCAAAUUCACUUGUAACUUUUUGUAUUCAAAUCUGCUGAAUUGUAGAGCAGGGCUUGCACAAAUGAAAAGUUCUCAAGUUUUUUCAGAUAGUUGCUUUUGCUAUUUUUGUUGACCUUUUAGCAGAAUGUGUGUUUUAAAGGGCCCAUGUUACGCUUUUUUCUGAUCUAUUUUAAUGGUGUUUCCUCAUCAAAAACAUUCCUGGAGUAGUUUUGUUUCACUUGACAAAUGUUAAGCACACAAUCCCUGCAUAUUUCGGCUGAGCUCUCGAACAGAAAACACUGUUCCACCUUGUGAUGUCAUGUGGUAAUACAGGAAGCACUCCACUCUGGUUUUAAACUCCAUACACCUUCACUGGAAUCAUUUGGAUAAUUUCAACUGCCGAAAUCUUUUGACCAAAUCAUUAACAGUUACUUGAAAUCUACUACUUCAUGACAUCACUAGGUGGAACAGAGCAUUUGAAGGCUUACUGAAAUGUGUGAAUGAAACAAAACACAGCUCGGUAUGUGUUGGAUGAGGUAACAACAUUAUAACAUGGCUUAAAGCUCACAAGAGUCUUUUUUGCGUAAUAUAGGACUUUUAAAUAUAGUCGUACCUAACAAAAAUGUACUCCUUUUUCUAAUUUGCAUAAUCCAGGGUAAGGGUAAGUUUCUACUGUUGGUAACUUAAACAUGUAAAUAAUUGUAGAACGCUAAAACUGACUUUUUAAAGAUGCAGUAUAUAUUUUUACUGAUCUUGAAUGACAAGCGAAACUUUUUCGAGGGAACCGAUGGUGUGCACGGUUUAAAUGAGCGAACCGUGCAGAUUCAAACCAAAGGCCCGGGGAGGACUGGUAUUUUUGCUCAGAUUCACUUUUGUAAUCGAGGUUGAAACUGCCUCUUAAAGGGCGCCUUCACAUUCGCUUGAGUUAUUUAUUGUUAGAACAUCUUAGGCAGUAUUAUGUAUCUACUUUGUCACUGUAUUUUUGGUAAUAAAGACUGAACAAAUAAUCAAAA